AUGCAAUUGCAGAGGCGCAACCGGACCACCUUCUCGGCACCGCAGCUGAGCGAGUUGGAGGCGUUGUUCCAGAGGACUCACUAUCCCAGCUUCUACCUGCGGGAACAGCUAUCCCGGAGAAUCAGCCUCUCAGAGGCCAGAGUGCAGGUAUGGUUCCAGAACAGGCGAGCCAAAUGGCGCAAGCAGCAGCGUGGCUUGCAGAUCCCGACCCAGUCAGCGCUGCGUAGAGCCGACACCAUAUGGGCUCCGUUGCCAUUAAGACCACACCCUGCUGUCGCCACAAGACUCGUACCCCCGCAGCAGAGGACGCAGUCGAACGUCAAUGGACCACCUGCGCCAGAACGAUGUGCGAUUGCACCCGUAACCCAUUGCGGCACUGCGCCACCUGUGGCUACCACGGAUGUGGCAGGCGUCACCGACAAGCCGGAACCCUUGUGCCCGUGCCUUGCGCUUCAAGCCUCGCCGGGAUCGUGGGGUCGACUGCAGCGGCUGGAGGCUGUAACGCGCCAGAGUCAGCUGCAGCCAUACCUAGCGGCGUUCGCGGCACGCCAAGAGCAUGUUGCGAAACAACGCCUGGCAUCUCCCGUACAGCGAUGA